UGUGGGAAGCCCUGGCCCCCCGUAUUAAUAGCCUCCCUUAAGUAUAUACCGGUGAUCCGAGUGGGAGGUCACUCAGCAGCUCCCUUCUCUCGAUCCUGUCCGGCCACGAGUCGAUUCACCCUUCCACCAGCAUGGCUUACCACCGGCAUUCAGGUCCCAGCAGCUACACCGUGGGCACCAUGUCCGAGCGCUUUGACUGCCACUAUUGUCGCGCCGCACUGCACGGGAAGAAGUAUGUGCAGAAGGAAGGACGGCACUGCUGUGUCAAGUGCUUUGAGAAGUUCUGCGCCAACACCUGUGCCGAGUGCCGGAAGCCCAUCGGGGCCGAUUCCAAGGAGCUGCACUUCAAGAACCGCUACUGGCAUGACAACUGUUUCCGCUGCUUCAAGUGCUACACAUCCCUGGUGAACGAGCCCUUCAUGCUGAAGGAGAACAACAAGGUGUGGUGUAACAAAUGCACCACCAACGAGGAUGCUCCUAAAUGCAAAGGCUGCCUGAAGCCCAUUGUGGCAGGUGACCAGAACGUGGAAUACAAGAAGACCGUCUGGCACAAGGAUUGUUUCCUUUGCAGCCAGUGCAAGCAAGUGAUUGGCACCGCCAGCUUCUUUCCCAAAGGAGACGAGAUCUAUUGCGUUUCCUGCCACGAGCAUAAGUUUGCCAAGACUUGCGUGAAGUGUAAGAAUGCCAUCACUUCCGGAGGUGUCUCCUACCAAGAUCAGCCUUACCACGCUGAGUGCUUUGUGUGUGCCACUUGUACCAAGAAGCUGGGCGGGCAACGCUUCACCGCGGUGGAAGACCAGUUCUACUGCGUGGAUUGCUACAAGUCUUUCGUGGCUAAGAAAUGCAACGGUUGCAGGAAUCCCAUUACAGGCUUUGGAAAAGGCACCAACGUGGUGAGCCACGAAGGCCACUCCUGGCACGAGUACUGCUUCAACUGCAAGAAGUGCUCCAUCCCCUUGGCCAACAAGCCUUUCGUCUUCCACGUGGAGCAAGUCUACUGCCCCACCUGUGCCAAGAAGCUGUAAAGGAGGAAGGCCAAGCGAAGGGCAGCAGGAGGAACUGCUCGGCUCUUUCUUCGGCUUGCAACUGGCCUGGCUGUAGGCAUUUGCAUUGUAGCUCCCCCCCUUCCCCAAGCCCACCCCUCUUUUUUUGCUUUUCAAGAGAAUGUUAAGGCUCUUCCUCUCUCCCCCUUCCUCUCCCCCCUCCCAAUUCCACUGCGGGUCAUGUCCAAUAAAGGGUUGACUAGCUGCAGCAGCGAGAUCUGCUCUCUUGCCCUCUCUGUAGAGGGGCGGGCUACAUCUUACACAUCCCACGUAGAGUCGCUCCUGGCUUUGUGCAUCUGCCGCUUCGGGGGGCUAGCAGCUUAGCAAGGAUGAAUUCACAUGGCUGCUUUUUCAGAGUAAUUCCCCAACUCCCUUCCUGGGGUACAUCCCAUUUGCAAAGCCACAGGAAACAAGGAGAAGAUUGCAAGGAUCUGGUGGCUGGAGAAAACCAGAAGUUCGGGGCGGGGUGGGGGGUGGGUGGCGACUGGAUAAGAGGUGCCCAUUUGUUCUCUCGAUGUGCCCGGCCCUUAGCUUACUACAGCCCCCUUGUGGGCACCUCUCUUCUCUUGGACGUCCAUUGAAAACAUUCCUGGUCCACAGAGGAGGCAACGCUGCACCUGUGGGACAGUCUUCUCACUGGCUAAUUCAACUUUGGGCUCCUACGGCUGUGAUAUUGUGGUCCAAGGACCCUUUUAUUUGAUGGUGCUCGUCCCAAAUUAUUUUUGUAAACACAAUCACUAGUUGCUUUUUUUAAACACACAAUGUUGUUGAGAGCUUCAAGGAUUUCCACGCCUUUUACCCAAAUAUCCAUCCUACGCCUAAAUGUUGAAUUUGUCCACGCUGAGACGCUCGAGGCAGCAAACAAGUGGACGCUCUUCUCAUCCGUAUAGUUUUCAGAGAAAGCGACUUCUUGAAAGGUAUACAGGUAGUCCUUGGCUUACAACCAUUCAUUUAGGGACCGUUUUGACGUUUCCCAGCUGGCUUCUGACAAGUAAAGCCAAGAUUCGCUCAACGACCCCGUAGCUCACUUUAACGACUGCGGUGGUUUGCUUAAACACCAAAAAAAAAAAAAAAAAGACCGUAAAACCGGGCAUUUAAUAACGGCAUUGUUCAGCCAGGCAAACUCUGAUCCCCCACUCUGGUUGUAAACCAAGGACUACCUGUAGAUCGAAGCGGCCAUCUGACUCCACCCUACAAUCUUGCUAGUUCAGAUAAUGGUUCGGUGCUUUUCUUCGGUUUGCAUUCAUGUUAAUCCACAAGAGAGGUUACAAUCCCCCUCCCCCAUUUUCCUUGCCUCCAAUGCAGAGAAGGGGUGCAUUAUAGGUAGCUUAUUUUAACCAGCGUUUUAACUCCUGGGAACGGCCACUGCUGACUUUCGAAUAACCUUAUUUAGCCAUCGAUUUUAAUAUUUUUAACUCGGCUGGAAAGCAAAAAGCAAGUCGCUUCGGUUCACCCCGAAAACGGGCCUUUUGUCAAUUUGGGCAUCGUUCUCAGCUCUCAGGGCAAGUUCAAAGAUAAGGGUGACGUAACUGCAAUUCUUAUUCUUGUACCAAGGCCUUUCCUCCAAUAAACAGGAAGUUACUGCUUA